AUGACAAAAAAAGUACUUAUACUUGGCGCUGGUGUAUCGGGUUUAACAAGCGGUAUCUGCUUAUUGCGCAAUGGUUUCAAGGAUGUUAUUAUUGCUGCAAGACACUUACCAGGCGAUAUAUCUUCUGAGUAUACUUCCCCAUGGGCUGGUGCGUCAAUUAUAACUGCUGCUAGCCCUGAUGACUAUCGCUUGCAUGAGAUCGAUUUGGAUUCGAAAAAGGAAUUCGCUCGUAUCUGUGACAAUAUUCCUGAUGCCCAUGUUAGUCGAACAGAUGCUGUUCAGUAUGUAAGGCAACCACAGGCGACAGAUGAGGAAGUCUACUGGGUUAAGAAAAUCUAUGACAAUGUCCGGCUUAUUCCAAAGCAAAAUCUUAAACCCGGAAUGUCCCACGGAUAUACUUUUACCUCAUGUGUCGCCAAUGUCCCCAAAUAUCUUCAGUGGCUUUUAAAAACCUAUAGAAGCUUAGGAGGUCGUAUAGAGAGGCGUACAUUUAACAGUAUUCAAGAAGCUAUUGAGGCAUAUCCAGAUGUUGAUAACGUUGUCAAUUGUACAGGCUAUGGAUCACAUGAUCUAAAAGAUGUUAAAGAUGAUGCAUUGUUUACUCUGCGUGGACAAACCGUUCUUGUUCGUGCUCCUCACAUCAAGACGCAAUACUAUGAUGACAGUACUACUUGCUGGACGUACAUCAUUCCUCGGGGCGAUGGUACUGUCAUCUGUGGCGGUACAGUAGAUCCUGACAAUAAAGUCACUGCUCCUGAUGAGGCAAUUACAAAGGAUAUCCUGAAGCGAGUUUACGAGAUGUGUCCAGAUAUCACGCAUGGGAAGGGUCCUAACGCAUUUGAUAUUGUCUCUUAUAACGUUGGCUUUCGUCCUGCUCGCCGCGGUGGUAUCCGUAUUGAAAAAGAGAUUAAGCAUCGCUCUAAUGGUCAAAAGGUGACCGUAUGCCAUAAUUAUGGACAUGGUUCUCAUGGUUAUCAAUCCAGCUGGGGCUGUAGCCAAAGAGUCGUUAAGUUGCUAAAGGAUGAGCGACUUUCGAAACUGUAA